AGAGGAAGAGUUCCUGGGGAGUGCUGAAGAAGUAGCAACUUUUGGUCAAACCAUGUUUGCUGUGGCAGACACCCUCGAAAUCAGUGAUCCAAAGCCCAAGAAGAGAAAUGGGGGGAACUGCCUCAUGGCGAUAGUGGUCAUCUACCUGAUUCUGCUGUCAGCAGGUGCUGUGUUGCUGGUGGUCCAAGUUCUGAAUCUGCAGAAGCGGGUCCAAGCCCUGGAAAUGUACCUCCCUAAUGGAACACUGGCCGCCGAGGACAACCCAUCCUUCUCCUUGCUGCAGUCUUCCCACCCCAGAAAAUACCUGACUCCAGGCUCAUCGGGGCUGCCAGUUCUGCAAGCCCAGCUCAGCCAUCUCCGUGUCAACCAGGAGCACCUUCUUCAGUGGUUGGACAACUUCACGCAGAACCCAGAGCUGUUCAGGAUCAAAGGUGAACGAGGCACUCCAGGUCUUCCAGGUCAGAAAGGGGCCCCAGGUGUUCCUGGCAUCCCUGGCCUGCCAGGGCCACCUGCUCAGAAGGGAGCCAAGGGGGCCUCGGGACAUGAUGGAAACCCAGGUGUCCCAGGACCCCAGGGCCCACCAGGCAUCAAGGGAGAGGCAGGCCUCCAAGGACCCACCGGUGCACCAGGGAAGCCAGGAGCUACGGGUUCCCCUGGACCCCAAGGCGAGAAGGGCAGUAAAGGCAACAAGGGUCUCAUGGGCUACAAAGGAGAGACUGGUGCUAAGGGGAACAAGGGAGAUGCAGGUCUCCCAGGAAGCAAAGGAGAUAUGGGCAUGAAAGGAGACACAGGGGUCAUGGGGCCCCCUGGAGCCCAGGGGAGUAAAGGUGACUCAGGGCAGCAAGGCCCGCCAGGCUUGGUUGGACUUACUGGAGCCAAAGGCAAUCAAGGACAACCUGGAGUGCCAGGUGUUCCAGGCCCUCCAGGUGCAGUGGGACCCUCAGGUGCCAAGGGUGAGCGUGGCAGCGCUGGCCCUGCUGGACUAACAGGUGAGGUCCUGCCAGGGAGUCCUGGGAGUCCAGGAGCCACGGGCUUGAAAGGAAGCAAGGGAGACACAGGAAUUCAAGGACAAAAAGGAACAAAAGGAGAAUCAGGAGUCCCAGGCCCUGCAGGCAUAAAAGGAGAAAAGGGAAGCCCUGGACCAGCUGGCCUCAAAGGAGCUCUUGGACCAGCUGGCCCUAAAGGGGACCCAGGACAGAAAGGAUCUUCUGGGCAGGAAGGAGCAAAGGGAGAAAAAGGUCAAAAAGGCACAUCCUUUGCCAGUGCUAGGAUCGUUGGCGGCAGCACCCGAGGCCGGGCUGAAGUUUUCUAUAAUGAUGUCUGGGGGACAAUUUGUGAUGAUGGCUGGGACAAUUCUGAUGCCACCGUCUUCUGCCGCAUGCUGGGUUUCUCCAGGGGAAAAGCCAUUAGCAAUUAUGGAGGUGGCACUGGCAAGAUCUGGCUAGAUGAUGUUGCAUGUCAAGGGACAGAGUGGUCACUAUGGAGCUGCAGCAAGAGUAGCUGGGGCUCUCACAACUGCAACCACAGUGAGGAUGCAGGUGUGGAGUGUAGUUGA